UAAAAUACGGUUGUGACUAGCAGCCUAAACGCUUAUAACUAUGGGACAUUGUACAUCCACCUUGAGUUAGUGGCGUUAGAUAGGUUUGUCCACUGUCGAAUUAUUUUGUAAUCUUGAAAAGAUAAACGAUGAUUCAAAUUAACUUUUGUUUGACUCAUUUAAAUUACGUUUGCGUGCUUCAAACAUCUGCCAUAAAGCCUCUGGUGAACUUGGUUUGGGUUGCCGACCGGCGACUAGACAAACCAAAAGAAAGAGUGUAACCAGCAACCAGAUGGCGCUAGUAACCUGCAAGCGAUUCUGUAAAAAGUGUGAAGUAAAACCUUUGUUUGACUUUUAUUAUUAAAAAUGUCAUUGUCAAGAAUCAGAAAACUUAUUGCUGACUUUAAACAAGAAGAUGAAGAUUGGCUAAAGGAAACUAAAAAAGACUUCGAAAAUCAACAUAUUAUAUAUGAAAAAAUGUUUAAAAGAAUAAAACACAUUGAAGAUGAAGUUAUAAAACGAAAGGAUGAUAUCACAAAAAUGUUGGAUUAUUUAAUUUCCAAUCAUGAUAUUAUCGAAAAUGCUUUAAAAAAAAUAAAUAGUCUUGAUAGUGUUGAUAGUCUUCCAUUACCUCCAGAACAACAUGAAAAUGCCAUAGACUUAGUGAAUAAAAUAAUUCAGUUCAUGAACAACAUUGAACUUAUCACUGACCCAAAUAAAGUUUCUCCUGAACAAAUUAAAGAAGAUGUUGUAUCUUAUGCAGCUAAUGUGGCACAAGAAUUACAAGAGUAUAAGACUGAUUUAAACAUAGUUAAGGCAUUACCCAAUCGCGUAUAUUUACUACAUUCUUUGAGUACAAAAUUGACCGGUAAAACCGAAUCUCUAGAAAGAGAGAACUCUCAAAAGUAUAAACUUUCCACGAUUACUGAGCAAGAAUGAAUGAUAAUAAUGUUAUGAAAAAAUAUUGAUAGCUUUUGUACUUGACUGUAGUAUUGAUGAAAAUUUUUAAACCAAGAAAAAUUGUUUUCUACCUAAAUAUAAAUGUAAAUGUAAAUAAAAAAAAAUAUUUUAAAUAAACUGA